UUCCAAACACUGCAUUAUCUCCUGAAGCUAUAGAAGAAAUUACAUUAUUUGUACCGCCUAAUAUUAAUGCGAGUGCUAGUGAUAAUUUGUGUUUCCUAAGAUACCAUCCAAUUCAACCUUCUGGAGAUCUUCAUAAUUUACCAUUUAAAACAUGUCGUUUAUAUUAUCGAAUAAUGUCAAAUCAAACUAUGAUUCAAAGAAAAUGGCUUUCCUAUUCACUUCAUCUCAAUAAAAUUUACUGUGUUACCUGUUUGUGCUACACUGAUAGAACCAGUCCAUUUACUCAGGGUAUUACACCAUCGAAAAAACAUGUAUAUAAUCAAGUUGAAUUACAUGAAAAAAGCAGUACUCAUGGAAUGGCACUCAUGUCGUUUUUAUUACAAAGUAAAAAUCAAUGUACUAAGUCUUUAUUAACAAAAAAACAUAGUGAAGACGUAUUACAAAGAUGGCUAGUGUUACGAAGAAUAAUAGAUAUUAUUAAAUUUAUUGGAACUCAGGGUCUAGCAUUCAGAGGAAAACAUGAAGCAGCAUUUUCGCUUGACAAUAAUAAUACUAAUCAUGGAAAUUUUCUUGCACUAGUUUUACUACUUGCAAAAUAUGAUCCUAUACUUGAUCGCCAUGUUAAUACAUCGAUAGAAGCAAGUAAAAAAAGAAAAGAAACUCAUCAUAAUACUAAAGGGCGUGGUAACUUAGUAACUUUUUUAUCUAAAACAACAAUUAAUAAACUUAUUAAUAUUUGUGGAAAUCAAAUUCAAUUAGCAAUCGCUUCUCAAGUAAAAGAAGCAUGGAAGUUUAGUUUAGAAGUAGACUCAUGCCAAGAUGUAGGAGUAAUGGAUCAAGUUGCAAUUUGUGUUAGAUAUGUACGAAAUGGCAUUGUACAUGAAAGAUUAUUAUGUAUGACUCCUAUCCGUAAUACUGCUGGAAGACAAUAUUUUGACUUGGUCAAAACUAUUUUGAAUAAUUUAGGAUUAGAUAUAAGAAAUAUAAUCAGUUCAGCUUUUGACGGUGCUAGUAAUAUGUCUGGAAGAUAUAACGGGCUCCAAGCAGCUUAUGAUUGGCUCAUGUUCAAGUUGUUUAGAAGCACGUUUUUUUUUUUUGGAUUGUUAGAAAAGGUAGCAGUAUUUAUUGGAAAUUCUUAUAAACGUACAUCAAAGUGGAUUGAAAAUUUGGAACAAUUGGUUGAAGGACGUGAGACACUGAGAAGAUUACAAAAAAUUGGAAUUACUAGAUGGUGGGCCAAAGACAAAUCGCUUGAAACUAUAUUUGAUGUAAACAGGUAUGUUGUGCUUUUAAAAACACUUUAUAGUAUAGCGUACAGUGAUCAAUUUGAAUCCAAAGUUAGUUUCGAAGCUCAAUCUAUUUUGCAAAUAUUCUUAAAAUUUGACACAAUUCUUGUAGCUUUUGUUUUUAAAACAUUAUUUAAAUACACUACACCUGUAAGUAAAUAUCUUCAAACUGUUUCAUUGGACUAUCUAACAGCACAUCAAUUAUUAAAGAGUUUAGAAAAACAAUUAUCUAAUAUGGCAAAAGAUUCAAUAUCAACAUUUGAUAAUAUUUUUAAAGCUGCAUUAUCAUUUGCAAGUUCUGUUAAUGAUAUUUUAACUAAAAAUGAAAUUGAAUUAGAAAUCGAGACAAUACUAUCAAAAAAACGAUCACGGAAAGUUUAA